AUUCUCUCUUUCUCUCAAUCUAAUUAUCAUGGCUUCCAACAUUCUUCGUCGUUCCCUUGCUACAGCUGCUGCUCCUUCUACUAUCAAGAUUGGUUUAAUUCCUGCUGAUGGUAUUGGUAGAGAAGUUAUUCCUGCUGCUCGUCGCGUGCUUGAGUCUUUAAACUCUGGACCCAAAUUUGAAUUUGUUGAUCUUGAUGCUGGUUUUGAACUUUUUCAAAAGACGGGUACCUCUCUUCCCAAAGAUACCAUUGAAACCUUAAAGAAUGAGUGUCAUGGUGCUCUUUUUGGUGCUGUCAGCUCUCCUUCUCACAAGGUUGCUGGUUAUUCUUCACCUAUUGUUGCUUUACGUAAACAUUUGGAUUUAUAUGCCAAUGUUCGUCCUGUUAAGUCUGUUAAGUCUCCUGCUUUCCCUAACCAAAAAGCACUGGACAUGCUUAUUAUUCGUGAAAACACUGAAUGCUUGUACAUCAAAUCUGAAAGAGAAGAAGUCGACCCCAAGACUGGUUUAAGAGUCGCAUGGGCUGAUCGUAAGAUUUCUGAAUAUGCUUCUCAGCGUAUUGGUAAGAUGGCCUUCAACAUGGCUUUGACCCGCGAAAAGCUUCGCUCUGAAAUCCCUGUUGCUGAACGUUUCUGGAAGCAUAACCCUCGCGUCACGAUUGUUCACAAAUCAAAUGUCUUGAGUAUCACAGAUGGUUUAUGGCGUGAAACUGUUCGUGGUGUAAAGGAAAAGAACGCAGAAUUAUACAAGGGUGUUGAUAUGGAAGAACAAUUGGUUGACUCUAUGGUUUACCGUAUGUUCCGUGAACCUGAAGCCUUUGAUGUCUGUGUGGCUCCUAAUCUGUACGGUGAUAUUAUUUCAGAUGGCGCUGCUGCCUUGGUAGGUUCUCUUGGUGUUGUUCCUUCUGCCAAUGUAGGUGAUGAUUUUGUUAUGGGUGAACCUGUGCAUGGAUCUGCUCCUGAUAUUGCUGGCAAGGGUAUUGCUAACCCUAUUGCUUCUAUUCGUUCUGCUGGUAUGUUAUUAGAACAUAUGGGCUACACUUCUCAAGCCCUUAAGGUAUAUAAUGCUGUGGAUGCUGUCUUGGCUGAUGCUAGUAUCCUUACGCCUGAUUUGGGUGGUAAGAGCACCACGAACCAAGUUACAGAUGCUGUUCUUAAGCACUUUGCUUAAACUACUUCUUUUAUAAAUAUAACUUUUUCGUCUUCAUUACUUGUAUUAUAAAUAAAAAUUCCGUUUUCAUGCA